GUGAAGAUAGGGCGGGUGGCUCGAAAUUCUGCCUGGCGAUGGAGUUUUUGAUUGCCAUGGUGCUUGUUAACACCAUUGCGAUCAGUGUGCUAUGCAUCGUGACCACAGCUUGUGUGCUGGUGUUGGCAUCUGCCAUGCGUGCAAGCAUGGGAGUCGUGACUGAGAAUCUCCAGGUGAUGGCCUCUGGCAUUCGUGUGGCAGUGAGGGAGGAUGUGCAUGAGAUCCAUGGUGCCUUGAAGGAGGACUUUGGUUCCCUGGCUGGGGCAGUGAAUGUUGCGGCUAUGUGUGCUGCAAUCAAGAAGGACCUUCAGGCACUUCACGAUGCAGUGAAGGAGGAUGUUAUAGCAGCCCACAACCAAGUCAUGGUCGACUGUUCCACAUCCCUUUAUCAGGGUUUGGAUGGCUUGAUCAGGUCGUGUCCAAAGCGCAAAGUGGCGCUGCUGCUGGUUCAGUGAUUCAUAGAAACGAUGAACUGUUCUUUUUUUUUCUCAGGAAUUUUUUUUCUGAUUCGGAUCUUCGGAAAUAAAUGUCGUUAGCUUCUGAUAGUAA